AUGUCCUCUCCACUGACUGCCGAAGAUGACGAUAUCUUCGGGCGUCUCCAGCAGCGUGCGGAUCCGAAGGUGCAGGAGGAGCAACAGCAGGCUAUGAACGAACGGGUCCGAGCAAUUUACCAGAAAGCUCAGACACGGCUCGGGGAAUUGAUCGAUCAAAACUCGACUCUCCCUUGUGCCAUCUCUUCAAUUCAGGUCGUUAAUGCACCCAACACGCGCCGAGGCUUCCUGGAGCGGAUCUUCAACCCAUUGUUGAGCGCGAAUAAGAAUAGGCCGUACUCCCUUGCUGAGGCUUUGCGAGAGGUCUCGGCACGCACUGAAAAGCUCAGUAGAUUCGACCUCUUUCAAGAGCCAAUCCAGGUAUACCUUGACCAGAAUCCAGACGCGGACGUGAGGUCGGGACUCGCCAAUAUCGACGUUUAUUUAGCGGCUAAAGAGAAAUCCCGUCUUCUGUUGAAGACCGGAACCGACCUUGGAAAUACAGAGGGCUCUGCUUAUGGUAACCUUCUCUGGCGCAACGUUCUUGGCGGCGCCGAAACAUUGAACUUGAACGCUUCUUUGGGCACUAGAACAAGGUCGGCUUAUCAGGCGGCCUUUGAAAGCCCUAUCUUCAGUGACCCGGAUUUCCGCUUUGAAAUCGGCGGAAUUGCCAGCUCUACCCAGAAGUCUUGGGCAAGUCAUGAGGAGGUCGUCAAGGGGGGUUGGAGCAAGCUUCGCUGGUUGAGCCUAUCUGGACAUCGCCACGAAAUUGGUUACAACGGAUUCUGGAGACAGAUGACGGGCUUGGCCGAACAGGCAUCGCCCACUGUUCGCGCAGAUGCUGGAGACAGCGUGAAAAGCAGUGUCUUCCACAGCUGGGCCAACGACCAGAGAGACAACCCAUUGCUUCCGUCUCGAGGAUACUACGCCAAGACGUUUAACGAACUGGCUGGUCUGGGCCUAUUGAAGGGCGACGUUUCGUUCUGGAAAUCUGAAAUUGAGACACAGGGAGCUCUGCCGAUUCCAAUCCCGUUCAUGAAAGGUGACAGUGGCAUCAGUUUCACCACUGGUUUCCGUGCUGGUAUCCUCUACCCUCUAGGACUUGACUCCAAAUCUCAGCCCCAGCUGUCUCGCGUCAAUGACCGUUUCCUCCUUGGAGGACCUACUGACGUUCGUGGCUUCCGUCUCUGUGGGCUUGGUCCUCAUGAUGGGACUGAUGCUGUGGGAGGCGACGUGUAUGCAGCUGGUAGUGCCAACUUGCUCUUCCCACUGCCUCGCGUUGGUGCUGAGAAACCUCUACGUCUGCAAGCAUUCGUGAACGGUGGUCGGUUGCUGCCCCUCCGGACCUCAAACCAGAGCACCCCCACCACCAGUGCGGAGGUCCAGGAUGCCAUGACUUCUACGAUCUCGGAGUUGGCGAAUGAAAUGCCUAGCGUCGCUGCUGGCUUUGGACUUGUCUAUGCUCACCCAGUUGCGAGAUUUGAAUUGAACUUCUCUCUUCCUUUGGGGUUGCGAAAGGGCGAAGAAGGACGAAAGGGGUUGCAGUUGGGAAUCGGCAUCAACUUCCUGCGAUCUUCCUCUCACCCCCUGGCCGCAAUGGCCCAAUACUAUCCGCAACAGCAACCAUACGGAGCCCAGGCGUCUGCGCAAAACCUCCAGUUUUUCCCUUCGUCUUAUGGCUCUCUAUCCGGACACACGACACCUUCUCAGGCAGCAUAUAGCGGCAGCUUCGGAACACCCUCUUACCCUUCUGCCCAGGCGUAUCCCGGGGGCGGGGGCGGUGGCUAUGGGGGGUUUGGAUCUCCGGCCGCGGGAGUAAGUGGGAGAAUGGGUGAACAGGGUGGAUUGAGGACGGGAUGGUUGGCUGCGUUUGGGACAGAGGGAUAUGAUGGAGAGCCACCACUGCUGGAGGAGCUGGGUGUUAAUUUUGAGCACAUCCGGACAAAGACAUUGACAGUAUUGAACCCAUUCGCUCGAAUCGACCAACACCUCAUGGACGAUAGCGAUCUUUACGGCGCCCUCCUCUACAUUGUUCUCUACGGAACCUUCCUCCUUCUUUCCGGUAAAGUCUUCUACGGCUAUAUCUACGGCGUCGCAGUCUUCGGCACUGUCGCCCUACAUCUUAUUCUCAGUCUCAUGUCCCCGGCCCUAGAUACAUCCGCAGGCCCCAAUGCAGCAGACCCAACCAACUACGACCCGCAUAGCAAACCGGACGAUUCCACCGCCGUCGGUCACUUCUCCGCGACCUUGACUUUUCCCCGAUCCGCCAGCGUCCUGGGAUACUGUUUCUUGCCUCUUGUUAUGACGAGCUUGAUUGGCAUCUUAGCGCCUAUGGAUACUAUGUUCGGGUACUUGUUGACCACUGCUGCGGUGGGGUGGUGCACGUACAGCUCGUCGGGGAUGUUCUGUGCCGUCGCGAGGAUGCGUGGUAUGCGAGGGUUGGUUGCGUACCCGUUAGCGCUGUUUUAUGUCGUCUUUGGAAUCAUGGGUAUCUUUUCGUCGAGGGGGAGUGGAACGCUUGCUGCGAAAACCGGGGCUAGUUGA